ACUUAUUUAAAACCGGACAAACUGACUUAAGUUUCUUUCAGCCACGAGCUAAGGGUGAGUUAAAGGCGAUGUCAUGGGGACGUGGCAGAAUAAAGAGGUUACCAGGACAUAUUCAUGUCUUGGUUAGUUGCAAGGGGGAAUUAAGAUCCUUUACUCCCCGAUUUUGUUAUUUCAUUUGUCUGCUGAAGUUUCAUGUCUUUAUAUGCUUUGUGAUAAUAUUGGUCCUUCACUUUAUUGUGCACCAUGUCAUUCAUAUUACCUUAACGAUUUAUUAAAAUAGUUGGCUGCCUAUGUAGUGGUUUAGCCGUGAUUUGAAUUGCCAGUUGCCAAGCACUUCUAGAACCUUCCAAAGUUCUUCGUUACCAGUGCCCGUUUCUCAACAGCUGUUAAAUCUUGGAAACCUCAUUUCAGCAGAAAUUGCAGUUCUGCAGAGCAUAGUAACAGGAAGCUCAUUUCACUAUCAUGGCUGAAGAUGAGAAAAAGCACUUGCUUGAAUUUAAUAACAUGAGGGAAUCAAGGUGCUUGCUAGAAGGAAAGAGUGAAAUUAGUUGGCUCAGGCCCCAGAGAAGACAUUAUCCUCAAAGUAAUCGGGCUUCAGUAGAGAACUACAAAGAAGAAAAACAUGAGUAUGACAGUGGCAGGACAGCCUGGCUAAAAAUAACUCCUCCUCAUUAUAAGGAAAAGAGGCAUUUUCCUGAAAAAAACAAUGCAAUUUUUGGAUAA